UCAACGAACAAUGUCUGCCCACGUGAUCCCAAUGUUUGUCAUAAGUACGUCAUAACACACUGAAAAUGUGAAGAAGUGAAACAAAAUCGGCAAGAAUUCAUUCGAACCAUCAAAACCACUCGAAACUCAUUCCCCUAACCAAAUUUGCGGACCAAUUACCCCUUAAAUCCCACAUCACCCGCCCGAAACGAGCGACGUAGUGAUCACCCUAGGAUAAACCCCCUGAAAAUUGCCACAAGAAAAUCCAAAAUACAAUGGCAACGUCCGACAGCGACGACUUUGAGAGUGCCGACGAGGAGAUAGAGUUCCGGGACGCCCCGAGGCCAUCGAGACCCCAGAGAACCCCAAAACGUUUUAACUCAGUGGUGGACUCCGACAGUGACGAUGACGAGUGUGGUUCAGGCUCCGAGAACAAAUCCUGGGCGUCCAACAUCUCCACAGGUUCCCGCAGGGCAGGAACAGCUGUUCCAGGGGGGAAGAACCUGUCCGAAGAACUGAGAGAAUCAGAGGAGUCCAACAGCUCCAAAAAAUCAUCCGAAAAGGGCCUAAAUCCAUCCCAGAACUCCAAAAGCAACGAAUCGACACUUUCUGCCAGAGAAAAAACCAGUUUAACUUCGGAUAGAACUGAUAAAACCGAUGACAUUAGUGAAAAAAAGAGUGAUUCAACUCCUGCACCAGCUAAAAAACAAUCAAUUAAUGAGGGAAAAGUGGAAUUGUCUGUGGAAAAAGAGAAUGAAGAUGUAAUUCCAUCGAGUAGAAGACAUCAAAGACCCGAAAAACAGCGCAAGGAGAAGCCCUCGAAGCCAGUGGGACUGGGUGCCAAGAAACUGGGGGUGAAAAUACCUGAAGAGAGGCCUCGUCCACCCCCUGAGGACAUUUUCACCCCUGAGGACAUACGAAGAAGGGCCAUCGAGGCUGGCAAGGAGCCCCCGAUGAUCCAGGAGUGCUGGGAGGUCGACGACGAUGAGGCAACGAAGAUCCUUCAGAACGAGAGCCAAAGUAGGAGCAGCUGGGUGACGAAGGGCAAGGAUUCUCCUGAGUUUGAUGAUGUCCCUGAGGAGCUGAAGUCCAAUAAGAGUUUUAAGGAGGUUUUCCAGGGGACGGUGGGGGGUGUGGGGGAUGGGUGGGAGACCUUUGGCGAUGAGGAAGUGAGCAAGGUGGAGGGGAAGGCUGAGGCCAAGGCGGUGCUGGACAAACUGGCGGAGAAGCAGGAGGAGGCUGGGGGGUGGGGCGGCUGGGGGAGCUGGGGCUCUUCGUUGCUGACCACUGCCAGUGUUGGGGUUUCUACUUUGACAAGCCAUGUCUCGCAGGGGCUGUCGAUGCUGGAGGAGAGCAUGGGGGUGCCUGACCCUGAGGAGCUCGUGGGGAGUGCUGAGGCGGUGGAGGCGAAAGAGGAAAAACCUUCAACACCUGAAGAACCUCAAUCCCAAAUAGGAUUCGGUUUAGGAAGUUGGAUGUCCGGAGUUUCCUCAAUCACGAAAUUAGUCGAAUCGACAGGAACCAAAGUGAUUACAGGAGGUCUAGGUACUCUAGAAACAAUCGGAAAGAAAACCAUGGAGGUUCUCCAAGAGGGUGACCCAGGGCUAAAAAAGAAACGAGCCUUCUUCAAGAAUGAGGUCAAGAAGCCAAUUCUCUCCCAAAUUCUCAGAGAAGCUAAAGAAAAGGCUGAAUCUGGCGAGAAUACAGUCGAAAACAGUCAAAUGACCAAAACAUUCGAAAUCCUCUUCGACGAUGCUCAGGGCCUCGUGCAUCUGGAGGCACUUGAGAUGCUGUCGAAACAGAUAAGCAUGAAGAUAGAACACAAGUUGGUUACUUUGGAAGCUGACGAAAUGAUGUCUGUACAAGAGACACUCGAGGAGGUGAAGGAACUCUGUGAUCUCGGGGAGGAGGAUGAAGAUGAUAAGGAAGGAGAUUCCGAGGAGACGAUCAAGUCCGCUUGUGCUGAUCUGGGUGUUAGCAUUCAUUAUGGGGAAUUAAAAGAGAUUUGGGAAGAAACUAAGAUAUAUUUGACAGAAGUAUCGAGCCCAGAGUCAACUGUAACGGACAAAGAAGUAUUUCAAAACGCGAUAUCGACACUGGCGAGACUCACAGCUUACUCAGUCGAGAGAUUCCACAAAACGGCUGAACUUCUAUUGGUGAAGGAGCGUCGUAGUACUGUUAAUGAGGCAGAUGCUCUUGUGCAGUUGACGAAAAUUUUAUCCGGCCAGAUCGGCACCGCGGCGAGUUCAUUUUCAAAGUGCCUCAAUGCGAGGAAUAAAAAUGGGGAGGGGAAGCCCAAGGAGUCUGAUGAUAUUACUACAAUUUUCCUGGAGGCGACCAAUGCCAGUUCAUACAUCCAAGAUGCGUUUAGGCUAUUGAUCCCGAUCCUCCAAGUGGGUGCACUCUAACCACUCCCACCUCAACCAACUUUUUCUAACCGAAUUUUCUACGAAAACAACAAAAAAAUGGUGUUUAAUCUAAUUCAGUAUUCUAUCGGCGAGAAUAAACGUCUUUGUUACAAAAACAUGUUCAAUGAUUA